AUGGUAACGUUUAGAACAAAGUUGAAUUUCCACCUGGAUUCUCCAAUGUUCUUCAUGUGUGUUGGAAUUUUGAUGAGUUCAUUGUGCUUCUGCUGCCCACCGUCCUGUGAAUGCCCUGCUCAGGACAAUUCCACUUUUUGCAGACACCGUCUCCUGAACUUAGUUCCCCCAGAGAUCCCUCUGUCUUCUCAUGUCUUGGAUCUGAGUUAUAACCGUAUCCGUUCAGUACAGCCCAAGCUCUUCUCCCACCUUCACAGUCUCGAGGAACUAGACCUGAGCCACAAUCAGCUAUCUCGGAUGGAGCCGGGGGUCUUUAGCGGAUUGCUCAAGCUUCGGAUCCUCCUAGUCCACCAUAAUCAACUCAAGCUUCUGCCUCCAGGAGUCUUCUCAGGGAUACCAGACCUAACAUGGCUGGAUGUCCGGGGGAAUCAGCUAGUCAUACUGCUGGACCAGACUUUCCAGGGACUGCGGGAGCUCAGACACCUUGAGGCCGGGGACAACCCUCUGCUCUUCAUAUCUCCUGGUGCCUUCCUGGGAUUGCCACAGUUGCAAAGAUUGGGUCUGGAGGAAACCAAGCUAGGAAGUGUCCCUACCCGGGCCCUCUCUGCCUUACCUCGUCUCUCUGACCUUCGUUUGGGAGGAGUGACCAGUCCAUUCCUGCAGGAUCUGUCUUUCUCCGGGUUACCAUUAUUGCGAGUCCUGGACAUGGACCACUGGCCCUCUCUUGGUACUGUCAAGCCACUCAGUCUGUCUGGAUUAAAUCUCACCUCCCUGUCAAUCACCAGAUGUAACCUGAGCUCGGUUCCAGAAGCCUUGAGCAUGCAGGUUUACCUACGAAGACUGGAUCUUUCGAGAAACCCAAUCUCUGACCUUAAAUUUGGGGGUCUACGGGCACUGAGGAGGCUGGAGGAGCUUCGAUUGUCAGGAGGAAAGCUCAACUCUAUACCAUCAGGCUCCUUUUCCGGUCUAGACAAUCUACUAAUACUAGAUCUAUCAGAAAACCCACUGAAAUGGAUAGCAGAGGAUGCCCUACCAUCUUCUUCUGCUAUUCUGGAGACCAUGCUGCUCUCUGGGACCAACCUGUCCUGCGACUGUCGCCUCUGUUGGCUCCUUCGUUACAAUUUCCAUUUUGGGGAAAGUCCUCCUGUCUGUGCAGCCCCUGAUGAGCUACAUGGGAUGGUGAUCCCUGACCACUCAGAGCUGCUUUGCCCAGAACGUUUUACUUGUCAUCCUCCCAGAAUAACAGAAUCAAGACCAUGGAAGAUGACAGUGCAAGAAGGUGACCAAGUGACUAUCACCUGCCACAGCCAGGGUGUCCCUGAACCCUCCAUUCAAUGGGUGUUGCCACACAAUCCUUACUCUGGUGGUACAGAAUCUCCAAAAUCGGGAACAUCCAGAUCAACACCCAGGCUGUCCCAUUACCAUCUGAGUUCCAAGGAACCGUCAGAGACAGAAUGGCCAGUAGAUAAAUUUGAGAUUCAGGGGAUACCAAAUUCUGGACUGCCUAUAACAACAGCUUCACCAGUGAUGAAAAGGGUAACCAUUCUCCCCGAAGGAUAUCUCCAGUUCCACCCAGUACAGGCGAACGAUGCUGGAGCAUACCUCUGCCUGGCCAGCAAUGUGGCGGGCAAUGACUCAGCCUGGGUGCACCUAGAGGUGACUGCUUUUAAUGGCAGCAGUGCGGUGCAGCCCUCUCUGCUACACAGCCAUCUCCUCGCCGUCAUCACUGCUGGUGGCGUUCUACCCUUCAUCAGCUCCGUAGCACUGUGCUUCAUCUUCAUGUUCCUCUGGAGUCGUGGCCGAGGGAACAUCAAACACACAGCGAACAUUGACUUUGUCCCACGGACAUCCCGAGGAACAUCCAACACAGAAGAAAAUAAGUUCACCAUGAAGCUCAUCUGAAUGCUCUAACUGGUGAAACUUAUUAAUGUUCUGGCUUAGCCCAAAACUAGUCUCCACAACCAUCUGCAUGUGUGGCCUUCAAGCUUAGAAGGUCACUUGUUGAAGCUAUGUAUGAAAGGGGGACCAACUUACCCUUUAAGCCUGUGACAUCUUUCAAGGCAUCAAUGAUUUUAAUGCAGUUCCACAGAUAUUUGCGUCACCCUGCCAAGGGCCAAUAGUUUGUAUGGCUGCACCAGGGGCCACCAUCAGGCUGGAACUGUCUGUGCAUAAAGCCUACCAGGUAGCCUUCAUAUCAUGGGGGAUGCACACUUUGUUAUAUGAACGCUCCUCUCGGUCCCUGUUACCGUUCCUCUCUGUAUCUGAGUAUGGUAAAUGUGAAAUAUACUUCCUGUGGUUUUUUUUUUU